GAGGGUGGGGCGCUGACAACCUCCCGCGUGCAGUUCAGGCCUCCGAGGCAGGCUGGGAAAGGUCGGAGCCUUCUGCGCAUUGCGUGCUGGGAGCCGCAGUCCCGAUGGGCCGCGUUGCAUGCCGGGAGUGGUAGUCCCCGAGCGGGGAGCGAGCAGCAUGGCGGCGCCGCCUCAGCAGCAGCAGCAGCCGCCGCCGCUGGCCCAGGCUCCGGCUCAGGGGCCGCCUCCCACCGGCGCCCCUCCCGGGCAGCAGCAACAGCAGCAGCCCCCGCAGGCCCAGGCCGCCGCCAAUGCGGCUUCCCUGCAGGCGCCGUCCGGCCUCCAGGUGGCUGCGCAGGCGCAGGACUUCGACCCGGUCCAGCGGUUCCGCCUGUUGCUGCCGCAGCUGAAGGAGAGCUUGCAGAACCUGAUGAAAGUGGCUGCGCAGAACUUCGUUCAGAACACAAACAUCGACAACGGACAGAAAAGCACCGAUGGGCCAGUGCAGAGGGUAGACAAGACUCUUGAGGAGUUCUACGCCUUGUGUGACCAGCUGGAGCUGUGCCUGCGCCUGGCCUACGAGUGCCUCUCGCAGAGCUUCGACAGCGCCAAGCACUCCCCAACGCUCGUUCCGACAGCCACCAAGCCAGAUGCCGUCCAGGCGGAGAGCCUGCCCUACACCCAGUACCUCAGCAUGAUCAAGUCCCAGAUCUCCUGCGCCAAGGACAUACACAACGCCCUCCUGGAGUGCUCUAACAAGAUCACCGGCAAGGUGCCAUCCCAGGGGGUCUUGUAGCCCACAGCCUACUGAGAGGGUUCCAGGUUGGCUGUCGUCGGAGUUCUGGACUGCUAGGCCACAGGCUGCUUCCUCAGGUGGCUAGAAGGGGGCCCUUUUGCCUCCAUUCACGUGGACUAGUCUGUUCUUUCCCUUCUCCUAGUCUGGCUGCUGCCGUCUUGCCUGGCCUUGUUUCCACCUCUGGCUUUCAGGAUCUCAAAGGGACUCGUGUGCAUCUGGCUCUGGGAUAAUUGUAUGAACUGCAGAUGAUUCUUGUUGCCCACGGCCGGCUGGCUCGUUUUGUCCCACUCACUCACACAAAAGCAAAACUCUGGCUGCCCUCUGUUCACAGUCUGUGAUCUCCCCCAUUGAAGCAAAAGGGGCCAGAAACCGGCCUGGUUCAAAAAUGUCUGCUCUGGCAACAGGGCAGGAAUCUCUGUGGACCCGCGUGGUCUUUGUUUCCUGCCUUUGUUUCUAGAGUGGGGGAGGGAGCCCAAUGUACUAUGUAUGUUGAUUAUCAAAGGCAUCUCUGUUCAAGGGAAUUCUGGCGCUGUUUGCCGAUGUUCUGGCGUUGGAUCUUUCUUUUGGACCACUGGGAGGCAUGAAGCAGAAAUCUUCCCAAAGCUGGUAAAAUCUGGACCAGCCUCCCUCCUUGCUGCCAACAGAGUUUUCUCUCUGGCUCAGAGAUCGCAGGACAUUUUUUGAGCUCAGAGCAGGAACCCAAAUGGAAGCAGUCGUUUAAAAGGCUCAAAUUGGGGGGUUGUGUCAAGCUACAUAAUAGGAAUCUGACUGGGGGGGGGGGGGGGAGUUCGCAUAGCACAGUAGCAUCUUCAUUUCCCGUGCAAGGCAGUGCUUUGGGUGUGGACGUGUUCCACCUUUCAAGUUGGUUUCACUACCUGUUUUUGUGCUAACCGCCGAGUUGGUUUUCUGACCCUGCAGAGAGCGCUCAGAAGGAAGUGUGUCGCGGCACAAAUGCUCUGGCACAGCUGCUGCGGUUCCCUCGUCACUCUGUGGUCCGGGGCGUCUUCCUAGCAACUGGCUGUGUUUUUCUGCCUUUUACUUUUAGAAGCCAAAAGGACCUGGGUUCUCCUGCUGGAUUCUUGGGUCCCCAAAGCGAUGUGCGGCUCCUGUAUGUUUACCAGGGGGUGGGAAAGAAGGUGUUUUGUUUUGCAUUCCACUCCCCUUCUUCCAAAUAAAUUUUUUAAAAGCA